CUUCACUACAGUCCUAACUUCCCUACUCUUCUUGUCACUCAGACUUCCAAUGGGUGAACGACAACAUAUAUUCGUCAUCGCUCGCGUCCGUACGGCGGGCUCAGGAUCUACCAAGUACCGCUGUGUGGCAGCAUGUCACGUCAUGCAAUGUCAAGGGGCAAUAGCGCUGUGCUGUCUUCUUCGCUUUCUUGCCACGAUGAAACAUGGGAGUAAUAAGGAAGUAAUAGAGUCAGAAACAAGCGCUCUGCAUGACAAGUACUGCAGCCACGAGGAUCUACCGGCUAUAUGUUGCCCGUUCAUUACUUUCCUCAUGGCUAUGUGCUGGAGCACAAAGUUUAUCGUCCCUGGCAACCCAAAUGUUGGGUAUGGCCAAUAUUCUCCCCUCGAUGAGAUUAUCGGAAACGAUAGUGCAGACAAUCCACAAGACAUUACUGUGAUUGACCUCACCUCGGUGAGGUCGCCGACGUAUUGCUUCGUUCACGUUACAAGGACGGCAAGCAAUGAUGAGGACGAAGCUAUCCAAUCUCCACGUAUGCCGCUCUCUGCGCGCCAAUAUCUGCAUGCGUAUACGGACGGUAAUUUACACGACAAUGGCCAUGUCACAAAACUUGACAGCGUGAAGCUCAUAAGCCUGGACACUCUGAUAUCAGUUUGGCCAAAGGAAUACAAGAGGACUAAAAUUCCCCAAGAUUGUGCUUCUUCGGGAUCUAAGGCCUUUGACUUCACGAUCAGCGAGCAAGUCAGAAAGCUUGUCGGGAUGCCUCUGUUACAAUCAGUCGCACCGGAACUAAUGACGAAAUCGAAUGCGCAAAUUCCAACCAUAACCAUUACACAGGACACCCAUGACACGUAUGACAUCGAACAGAUGUAUGAACUCUGGCAGGCUGGGAAAACGUUUCAAGUUUAUGGCGCCCUGCAUGAAUUAUUGCCGUUUCCUCACAACGGAAUGCCAUUAUUGCACAGUGUUGUCGUGAAGAAGUUGAGCGACAACAACGGCGUGCUGUCACUUGCGGAGAUAGCCGUACGAGACGAUCAGGUUGAAGAAAUAUUGAACAUACAUGGGAACAAAAUGAGAAUACUAGAUCUCUCCCAUAAUUCCUACCUCACGGCGCAGAUCGUCCCAAGGAUCUUGCAGCUUGCUCCACACCUGAACAAAUUAAUAGCUCUAGGUUGCCCCUUGAUAGAAAAUGACGACGUUUAUAAGCUCCUGGGAUACAACGGGCAUCUUUUUCGCUCACUCGAUACCUUAUUACAUCCCUCUCUUUUGCAGCCUCUGGCCCUCACUUGUGAAAACGCGCCCUACCCCAUUGCCUUCUCCUACAUACAAGCCUCAGGCACGCAUAGCCAUCCGGUUGCGUGCACACUGCCAUUGUUCCAGUCAUCUGACAUCAUCCACGCUAUCCUCGAUCUCGUAGCAUUGUUCCAGCCAACUGUCAUCACCCACGCUAUCUCAGAUGUGGCAUCUGGCCCCAAAGAUUUCCCAUGGCAACUUGAUCCCCUGGAGCACGUAUCCACUGUCACUCCUGCCACUUUGUUUUCUGGGCUCCGCCAAGUACAUAGCGAGAAUAGAGAGGUCGCGUGUAUUCCGCAGUAUUCACUGCGAGGUCUCCAAGGAGAAGGCUGGGUGUUUGCGUUGCAUACGCCACCGAGAGACAGCUCUGGGAAUGAAAGAGAUCGAUGUUAUACGUAUGCAUUUGUACGUUUCAAACCUCCCAAGCAAGUCGGAAAAGGAGAGAUGACUGGUCCUGAUCUCAACGUCAACGUAGAAGAUGCUGAGAUCCAUACAUUUCGGUCAUGGCUCGACCAGCUUGAACUAGAGGAUAGACCUGCUGCACCUGUUGAGUUGGUCCAAGAACUUGACCACCGUCUUUUGGACCUUCAGCUGGACGUCGAUUACGGAUUGAAACCAAUGCUGGAAGAUGAUCUUCUUGCUUUUGUGGAGAGCAUACGGAGAUCGCAAUGAAGUGCAGGAUAGCUGCGCGACCACAGCCACCUUAAUUAGCUAUCGUUUAACUAUAGUGCUUCGAAGUUAGUUUUAAUGAUGUUGUCAAAUGGUUAUUAGCAUGCGU